AAGCCGCCCAGACCCGAAUCGGGCAAUCAACCCCAACUCACUCAAAAUAUCCUCUCACCAGAAAGCUUUCCAUGCGCAUCAGACCCGCGUCUGAGAAGAAGCAAGCACCAGUCGACCCGUCCCGGAAAUGGACCGCUCACAGCCAGCCUCGUCCAAUUUGAUGGACAACCACAACCGCCUCAUCGCCGACAUCCUCACCCGCUACCGCACCCUCAUGAUGCUCGCCACCGUCCAAGCAGAACAAGACCGCAACAAUGCAAACCCGGAAGCCAUGGCCGUCACCGGCAUAUCCAUCAAGAUGGAAUUCGACGGACUGUACACCUCCAUCAAAGAAUUCCUAACACUCUCCCGCAAAAUCAAAGAGCUCUGGGUCUUUGGGCCCCUCGGCAUCGAGGACGACGACCGCAAGCUCAAGCAGGACCAGCUCGACCAGCACGUCCACCGCGUCGCUGACCUGCUCAACGCCAUGGAGGCGUCCAAGAUGAAGCAGCUCGCGGAAAGCAAUGGGGCGACGUGGCAGCCGCUCGUUCGGGAGGAGAUGGAGAGUCAGAUUGCGGCUGCGGCGGCGGCUGCUGCUGCGUCUGCUGCGUCUGCUGCGUCUGCUGGGCCUGGACUUGGGGCUGGCCGGUGAAUUCUUAGGUGUGAAAGUUGUUCUAUGAGGGCGUUGGGAGUUUGCAUUUGGGGCAGCUGGGUUCAUAUAAUAGAGG